AUGGGUUGUUGCUUCAGCCGAGCCACAACCAAAAACCAAAACUCCCUCAAAAACACUCAACCCCGCCUAACUUCUUCACUGCCCAAAUCUAAUCAUGACGAAGCCCUACCACAACCACCAGAAGAGGAAUUUGUCAAAGAAGUUCUCUCUGAAACACCCAUUUCAAAACCACACCAAGUUCAUAUUUUGAUACCAGAAACAAAAACCCAAAUUCCAGUAGUUCAAAACCCAUCCGAGAAAUUCGAAAAUAAAGUUGCUACAGAGGAAGUAACAGAAGUAGUAGUUUCUCAGCUUUCAGAAUCAUGCACCGUUACUGAGAGCUUCUCGACCGCCACCACUGCUACUGUUACGGAGAAAAGAGAAGAGGAAGCGACAAGCAAACCAUGUAGCAGAGAACCAACAACGACGAUUCACAAGUGGAAUCGAUCUCCAUCAAGAAAGCGUCCUCUCGCAGCUGAUGCAAACGUCAGCAAUGGAAAUGAGCGAAGGGUAAAAUCGCCGGCUACGACGUCACAGCCGUCGCCGGAGAAGAAAGUAAAGAGGGGGUCGAGGUUAGUUCGUGGAAGAGAAUCGGGUUCCGUUAUAAAUCGGAAAGUCAAUGCAGGUUCAAACGGUGCUCGCCGUGAAUCCGGCGAGGGAUCCGGCAGGAGGUCGAGGUCUCCGUCGUGUUCUCGUACAGUUGGAGGGUCGGGUAAAGUAGGUAUCGGAGUUGGUCGGAAACAAGCUCCGGUGGCAGUGGAAAAUGUGACGGAGAAGAAAAGCGAGAGUGAUAAAGUUGGAGGGAAAAACGACAUCGUUUGUAAUGUAACGGAGAAGAAGAGUGAAAGUGAAGAAGUGGGAGAAAAAAACGACAUCGUUUCGCAGGGAGAGUUAAUUGAAAACCCUCACGUUUCGAUGGAGUGUUUUAUUUUUCUGUAG